AUGGCUUACACUAACAAAGUUCCCGUGGCGGCAAUGGUUGCAACAACGGUGUUGUUUCUAGCAGUUACGAUGGCUCCUCAAUGGACAGAGGCACAACCAGAGCCAAAUUUUGAUCCAGUGUGCCUUUCGGUUAUCCCUGACAUUGUAGAAAUUUGCUACACAAAGUUCAAUUUGGUGCCAUCUGAAGAAUGCUGCAAGACUCUCAAAUCCGCAAGCAACUCGCAAGUGACUUGUGUCUGCGACCAUUUCAUUGCACAUCCUUCUACCACCAACCUUACCCGAUCUCACUACGACGAAAUCAACACCGCUUGUGGUGCGAUCGACAAAUUCGCAUGUAAAGGAGGAGGCACCAACGGAGGAGGAAGCAACAACGGAGGAGGUACCAACGGCGGAAGCACCAAUGGAGGAAUCACAAAAGGAGGCACCAACGGAGGAGCAACGAACAAGAUUGCUGCAACAAUGAGUCUAUUUGGUUUGGUUGCAAGCCUGUUUUUUUAA